UCCUAAUUUUGCUCCAAACCAAGACUCCUUUUCAUUGCCCCUUCCAAUAUAAAUUUCUUUAAAUCAUUCCACAAUUCCUGAGACUCAAAAGAAUAUUCCGCCUCCAAAAUUAAUCAACCAAAAUGGCCGAAACUACCUCCUCCACCGAGUCGACUCACGAAUCGGCCGAGUUCAAGGCGAAGAAGAGGGCGAAAGAGAGCGGGAACAAGCACCCGGUCUACAGAGGAGUGAGGAAGCGGAGCUGGGGGAAAUGGGUCUCCGAAAUCCGCCAGCCGCGGAAGAAGUCCCGCAUUUGGCUCGGGACUUAUCCCACAGCGGAGAUGGCGGCGAGGGCCCACGACGUCGCCGCGAUGUGCAUCAAGGGGAACUCGGCUAUCCUCAACUUCCCCCAGUUCAGCGGCUCGCUCCCGCGGCCUGAGUCGCUCUCGCCCAGAGACGUGCAGGCCGCGGCAGCGAAGGCCGCCGCCAUGGAGGAGCUCAGCUGCCAGCUGGGCUCCUUCGAUUCGCCCUCCUCCUCGUCGUCGACGGUGACAUCAGUUGGCGAGGAGGGGAAUGCGGGGUCGGAGGAGCUGGGCGAGAUCAUCGAGUUGCCGAGUUUGGAGGGGAGCUACGAGUCGACCGAGUCGGGGAGCGAGUUGGCGGUGGUUGACUCGGCGGAGGGGUGGCUGCAGCCGCCGUGGUGGGCGUUGGAUAAGAAUUUUUACGACUACUUCUACAAUGAAUUGGGUGGCGGCGCCGGCGGUGGUGGGAGUUUGAUUUCAUGCAGCUUUGAGACUAUCAAGUGGAGUUGCUAAAUUUAGGAGGUGUGCCUUGUGCUUUAGUGCUUCUAUUUUCGGUUUUUUGAUGGUUAAUAUCACUACAUUGUAAAUAAUCAUUUUCUUCAUUUUCUCACAAAAAAGUUAUUGCCACUUUUUUUUAUAUUGUUUACUUUUUUUUUAGUUUCGAGUGGGUUAGUUGGCUACCUUGUAAAUAUGAGUGUUUACCUUUUUUUUCUUUUUAAUAAAUAAUUAGUGGUAGUACGUAUUUGUUUGAUUGGUUUUACACAUUUUGUGAAUAUUACAUUGUUUUUUCUAAAUA